UCAACUCAACUGCUCACUGUCCUCUCUCUCUAUCUACCCAAGACGAAUCAACUGCCCACUGUCCUCUCUCUCAGCCUUUUCCUUUCUCCGGACAUCUCUCUGAACUCUGCUCUGCUUUGCCCGGGUCUUUUUUCUCUGGCUGCCUCCAUUAAAAAAGCUUCCAAAGACCCCCAGCUAGCCAGCCAGCCAACCUGCCCCGUCUUGCCUACGCAGCUACCUAGGCCACCCGCCCAAUUUGGCAACACCCAUACACGCGACUGUCCACUCCAGUGAGCGGCACUCCUCCGAGACUUCUUGGCGCGCGGGCGCGGCUAUGAGGGACGUGGUGGUGGCGGUGGCAGUCGGCGGGGGAGCGUCGGCGCCGUGCGCGGCGUGCAAGCUGCUGCGGCGGCGGUGCGCGGCGGGGUGCGUCUUCGCGCCCUACUUCCCGCCGGGGGAGCCGCACAAGUUCGCCAACGUGCACAAGGUCUUCGGGGCCAGCAAUGUCAGCAAGCUGCUCCAGGAGAUACCAGUGCAGCACCGAGGGGACGCGGUGAGCAGCCUGGUGUACGAGGCGAACGCGCGCGUCAGGGACCCGGUCUACGGCUGCGUCGGCGCCAUCUCGUCGCUGCAGCAGCAGGUGGAGACCCUCCAGGCGCAGCUGGCGCUGGCGCAGGCCGAGAUGGUCAGGCUCAACAUGAGCAACGCCUACUUCGCGCACCAGCUCAAGGCGGCACGUGGCGGCAGCAACAGCAGCGCCGGCUCGCCGUCGUCCAUGUCGUCGCCCAAGACGGCGGAGCCGGAGGCGCACUACAAGACCACGCCGGAGCUGCUGGACAUGGUCGUGGACCAGCCCAGCAUGGACGACGCCCAGUUCUGGCCCUAUUAAGAUGUCUGACUUCAUCAGGUGCUUCCGGAUCAGGUCAAGUUAGGUUCUUUAGCUCAUUUAGCGUGUGAUCAAGUGCGGUUUGAGUCACAGAUGGUCUGGUAGGUGCCUAGGUGGUAUACAUAAAGUAUAUGGCAUGUGUGCGCUGUAACAGCGUGACACUGGGAGGAAGGUGAACCUAGAUGCCUUCUCCUAUACCUUCUAGUAUGUCCAGGGCUUGUUUUUUUGGCUGUCCUUCCAUGAGAAGGUGGAACAUGUUACAGAUAUUGCUGUGCAUCAUGUUAUCCAUUGCAAGAACCUCCCUUGCCGGUAGCAUUUGCGUAGGUAAACAGGUGAACUCUGUUAUGGAGAUGCAAAUAACUAUUAUCUAUGUUUGUCCUAGUGUUUAAUUUAUUUUUGGUGUUU